UUUUUGACGCCGACGACGAAAUACCGAAUCAAGUUUACCAAGGCCGGAUUUCAUAAAAUCCGUAUAACUAUGUUCUCUGCAAGAAAAUCGUGCGACAUGGCACGCGGAUAUAUUCCUAAUAUAAACGCAAUUUACGAGGCAAUAAUGGAAGAUACUAGGCGAAUACUAGUUAGUCUUGAAAGAAGAUUUAAAUGCAUCGCACAACAACAAUUCAUAUUUGUAACAGCACUGGACCGAUGUCGAAAACAAAAGUUUGAACCAACGAAGCAGAUUUCAACGAUAUCACAAGUACAAAACUACUACGAAGAAAUUGCCGAUAAUGCAACAGAUAAAAGAAUAUUCUCAAUGUUUCUUUCGCUUGUACAUGAUCUGGUAGAAUUUCGAAGAACACUUUCAAAAGUCGUGAAAAAAAAUGACGAUAAAUUGAAUAAUUUGUUCAAAACUUGGAAAAGUGUUUUGGAACAACGACAAGACAUUUCACAUAUCCGAGCAAAAUUUCCCAACGACCAAGUAAAUCACUUGAGCUGCGAUGAAGCGAAGAAUCAUUUUGGUGGCAUCGUCAGUGUUAUACCUGUAGCUAUGGAUUGCGCGAGAGAAGUCGUUGAAAGAAUUGAAGCAACAAGAGCUUACAGAGCAAAAUCGUCUUCCAGAGGUUCUCGACAAACGAGAGAAUCGUCGAGAAACGCAGAACCAGAAGAUUGUCACAUCCAUGAAGCAUGUCGAAUGAAACCAACCCCAGCAUCGCCCGUUAUAUCAUCCCCUACUCAGUCUUUAUCCCGAGCAUCCAUAAAUUCUCACAAGUCUGAGAAGCCGGAAAAAGAUUCCACUGAAAUUCGAAAAUGCCCAUCUACCUACGAAAUGCAGUCCACUCAACGAUCGAAAACACCAAUAUCCACCCGUCCCGCUACCGCAGGAAAGUCAACACAAACCCCUGGAUAUCUCGUAUCAACAUUGCGACCCAAUCUUGAUUAUCCUCACCAGAGUACGUCGGAAACCGAAAUGAAAUCGCUUAUGCAUAGCAGAAAACAUAAAAUUGCGAGGCCGAACUGGAAGCCGUAACUAACGCCAUGAAGAUGUGUUAUGUACUCUUAUAAAACAUACUGCAUCGUCAGUGAAUUAUUUUUUAUAAAGAUGAGACGCUUAAUUGUGAUGCUAUAUUAUGCUUGUACUAUACAUAUACUUCAAUAAAGCAAAUAUAUAUUCCCACUC